AUGGAACGCAACCAAAUUGCUGCACCGGGAGCUGCACUAAUAUCGCCACAAGUCUCGCUAAUUGUGGAAAAUGUAGCAAUACAUGCACUGGAGUACUACCGGCAUGCUGUACUGGAUCAUGCGCAGAUCUAUCUAGCAACUCUACCAACUGUGGUGCCUGUAAUAAAAUAUGUAACGCAGCUCAACCAAAUUGCUGCUCUGGAAACUGCACGAAUCUUAGCACAAGUAUCACGAACUGUGGAAACUGCAGCAAUGCCUGCACUGGUAUACAGCCAGCUUGCUGUACAGGAUCAUGCACAGAUCUUUCUAGCAACUCUUCCAACUGUGGAGCAUGUAGUCAGGCUUGCAACACUUCAGUUCCGACCUGCUGCUCAGGAUCAUGUAGAAACCUUAAUAAUGACCCUAGCCAUUGUGGCUCUUGCACAUCAACUCCAUGCAAUGGCACGCUUCCAGGAUGCUGCUCUGGUACCUGCGUUGAUCUCAGUGCCAACAGCGCGUUUUGUGGAUCCUGUACGAACGUGGUGA